GUGUGUGUAGGUGUUCGUGCUGGAUUUCCCUCCACGCCUGAACAUCGAGCCUGGCCUGCAGGAGCUGUUCCGCCAGGAGUUCCGCCGUGUCGCAGCACGCAUGGGUCUCCCAUACGUGUCUGUGGCAGAGCACCUCCCUCUGGACCGUUUGGAGCUGUGGAGCCGUGACGGUGUGCACCUCAGCGACAGCGAUGGAACGCCGAUCCUCGUCCAGGCCCUGUGGGACGCCGCGGUCCGCCAGCUGACUCCUCCUCCUCCUCCUCCUCCCUCGGUGCCCCCCCGGACAUCGCCUCGUGCCAGGGUCUCCCCCGUGCUGGUCGUGACGGGACACAGCCCCGCGGCUCGUCACCGCAACCCACUGGAGUGGACCGUCGUCGGACAGGAGGGCAAGAUUCGAGCAUCUCCGGUGCAAGAGUCUGUCCUCCCGUCCAACCCCGUCUGGUUCAGCGGCGACAUCCUGGAUGCCAUGGAGAGGGUUUCGCCAUCCUCGGACUGCAGCGUCACUUCCCUUCUGCCAGCUGGCCAGACUUCCCGUGUGAGGCGUUCGCCGAAAGGUGUUGCCACAAGGCGUAGAGGAGGAAAGCGGCAGGUGCUGGCAACACCUUCACCUGCCCGUGUCACCGUGCCUGCCUCCGGGCCCAGACCAGCGGUGCAGCAGGUGGAGACGACAGCCCAGGAGUCGUCCAGCGUGGUGCCAGGGGUGGUCGUCGUCCGGGAGGAGGUCGCCGCAGCGUGCCCAGCCGUCCCGGAGGUGGAGGCGACAGUCCAGGAGUCGGCCAGCGAGGUGCCGGGAGUGGUCGCCGGUCAGGAGGAGGUCGCCGCAUCGUGCCCUGCUGUCCCAGAGGAGCGACAGAAGAUCUUCAAAGCUAAGGCUGUUUUUGUUCCUUCUGUUUGUGUUAAUUUGCCACAGCAGCUGGAAUUAGACGGACAGUUGUUUAGGUUCGGUUUUGGUGACACGGUGUUAGGCGAAGUAGGCGUGACCGAAGGUGAAUACAUCGAUUUCGGUGUAUUCAUCAGCUUGCGGAAUGGACUGGAGCGGAUCUUCAGUCAAUACACCACAUGUCUUUUGACAAUGUGCGGAAACACCACUGCCAUCGUGCGUGAGGGUGGACGGUUCGCUGUGGUCGACAGUCACUCACGCAGUAGCACUGGCUUGUUACACCACAACGGUACAAGCGUGGUUCUGCAUUUCGCGUGUCUCGACGACCUGCACCACUACAUCUGUCGUUUGGCCGACAGUCUCCGUUCGAGGGAGAAGCUCUUUGAGCUGUGUGGUGUCACGGUCAGCACAGCGAGGUGA